AGAAAUAUACAAUGCAUACAACAACAAAACGUCCUGUUGUCACUCGAAGUAGUUAAUACAUAGAAGCUACCUACCAGCUAGCAAGGACGAUAAGUCAGUGCGAAAUGGAUGACGACAUGUCGGAUUAAAAAGUGGGACCCAUCUUGAUUUAUUGAUUGGGUACAACGAAGCAUCGGUCCCACCUUUAUUCUACUCUUGGAACACCCGAUUACAAUCCCCGCUUCGCUCCAAACAACCGCUUGAACGUCAGUAGAUAAAUUCGAAUGAAUGGUUACUCCCGGUGGUAUUUGGAUCGGUUAGUCGCUUCAAAUCUGUUUUGGUGACCGGAAGUGGCCGGUCACACAGGUCAAAGCUGGUUUCAGUUUCAUUUUGAUUGUGGCGCAUAAAACUGCUGACAAAACCCAUCGGUACAGUCUGAUAAUGGCGUAUCCAGAUGCAGAAGAGCCUCCUCCUUACGAAGCGGAUAAUUCCAAUUCUUUGUUGCCGACCACCAGGUGCGGCUGUUUCCGGUUAUCGUGCUUGGAAUCUCGCCGUGCGGUAGCCGUCGGGCCAUCAUGGUGGGAGAGGAUUAGGGGGUCGCAGGUUCACAGCGAGGGGCGCUGGUGGGCGCGAGGCGUUAGGGUUAUUUUGAAGAUCCGAGAGUGGUCUGAGAUAGUCGCUGGACCGAGAUGGAAGACUUUCAUUCGCCGAUUUAACCGGAAUCGGAACGGUGGUGGUGGUGGUGGUGGUGCUGCUGCUGGUAGGCCUGGGAAAUUUCAGUACGAUCCCUUGAGUUACGCUAUGAAUUUUGAUGAAGGUUCGAGGCAGAUUGGGGAAUUGGACGACGAUAAUGACGACUUCAAUGGGUAUCGGAACUUCUCUGCUCGUUACGCUUCAAUACCGGCGCCGUUGAAGACCGGAGGAACCACCGGGAAGGAUAUAUCUACCGUCGCGUAAAGGUGCGUUGAUUCUACUAAAAUACGCCGUGUUUAGUGCUGUUAUUGUCCAACAUUGAGCUAGGUGACAUGUGACAUCGUCGGCCCACCACCUCCCCCAGUAGAUUUCUUCUUCUUUUUUUACUCUCAAAAGUAAAUACGUUUCAAUUAAUUUGGGGUUUCCUUUCUCCUUCUUCCUAACGGGAUCAGUGUACAAUACAAUUAGAGGGGUUUUUUCUUUUUCCAAAAUAUAUAUAUAUAUAUAUAUAUAUUCUUUUAUAUUAAAUUAUGUCCUCAUAGUACAUAAUAAUAUUGAUUUGGGGACUUGCUUGUUUAAAGUGGGUGUAAUAAAAAGCCGUAUAAUGUUUGUAUAUGUAUUGUCGUUGUAUGGAUUGAACAGUGGGCUAUGUUUGACA